AUGCAAGCAAAACUUGAGCAAGUCAUGUUAUGUGUAUUUUGUGUAUACUUUAGAGUAACAUUUGUUGUAUCAUUGAUUAUUUUAGUGCAUGCAGGAAGUCCCCUUGGAGAGCUUCACCGGUGUGUUCGGGAUCGAAUUAAAAUCAGCGUUCACAUCCGUACUUUUAAGGGUUUAAGAGGUGUUUGCUCUGGAUUCCUGGUUGCCUUUGACAAAUUCUGGAACAUGGCAAUGGUUGAUGUGGAUGAAACAUACAGGAAACCAGUUUUGGGAAAGGCCUUCUAUAAUGAGCCAAAAUUAAAUGUUACACAGCUUUUUGAGAGAUUACAGCUCCAAGAGACAUCAAAUGUUGAAACACCUGCUGCCGCUACAUAUUUAUCAGAAUCAUCAGACUCCGUGAGAGCAACUGCAAAAAGAUCAGAUAAGCAAAAGUCCAUGAGCAGGAGUGAUAAAUUGGAUCAUGCAAUGAGAUCUAAACUGGUUGUGGAUCCCAUUGCUUACAAAGCCUCUAAGAAACAUAAACCAGUGGAAACAUUAGUUAAAGACUCAAAGUCUCAUCAUGCAGGACAUCAGGAGAAUACAAAGCAGUGCAGAACUAAAGUGGAUUAUCAGAAAGUUUUUAAAAGACAUUUGGGCCAGUUAUUUAUUCGUGGUGAAAGCAUAUUACUGGUUCAUUUAAUGCAGUAAGUGUGACUGAUAGCUCUUUAGGCUUGACCAUGGUUCGUUCUUUGUCACUUGGCAUUCAUUGUUAGGAAAAUUUAAUCUUGGUCUGUUGGAGGGAAGGUGACUGAAUCCCAAGCCAGCCAACCAGGCAGUGAGAUUAACAAUGGAGGUGACUCAACAUUUGAAGGUUUGUCUUAGAUGAGAUGGCAUUGGAGAACUUUAAAGGCAAAUCAUUGAAUUUUGUUGCAUUUAUGUGUAAAAUAUUAAUAGUUAUGUAAAUAAAGCAAAGUAGUAGUAUUUAAUUUUCUUGAUGGCUUGAUUUGCACUUAGUAAAAUUGGGUAACAGACUGGUAAUGAAGUUCAGUCCUUGAGGAAAUGGUUUUAAGACCAGUCCAGGACGAAUUUUUUAAGGCUUCCUUCAUGAGUAAGUAAUUUAAAAUACUCUUGUCAUACGCAUGCACAAGUACUGUAUCCUUUUCUGACAAAGUCUUCAACCUACAUCCGUCCGAGUCAUAUGAGUAUUUUACUUCUGACUUGUGUCUUGCAACCGUCUCCAAAAAUGUAGAUCUUCCAAGGCUUGGCAUUACAUUACAGAUUUUUAUCGAUGACUUUCUGUUAAAAAAAUAAAUAAAUGCAGGUGCUAACUUAAUUACUAA